AUGACAACACAAAAUAUUUCUCCAUCUUCUUCGACUUAUAAAAUCCAUCAUCAACCAAUUACAUUGUGUAUUAUCGGUUCUGCUUGUUCCAAUAAACGAAUUCUUUCGUCAGUUGAGGAUCGUUAUGUAUAUGAAUAUAUUAAUGAUGAACGACAAGUAAUUCGUACAUUGGUUGAAACAAAAAUUUUAUUAUCACAACGUCAAUUACGUAUUUAUAUUGUGGAUUCAUUUGAUGUUGAUAUUUCUGUACCAAGAAGAAAUCGACCAUUAUAUUGUCAACAUUUAUCUUCAGCUGUCAUAUGCUUUGUUGGAAUUCGAAGAGAUACACGUGCAAAUCGACUUUAG